GCAGGCGCGGCGUUGCGCCUCUCGCGAGACUGGCCGCGGCGGUGACGUGGCGCGGGCGGAAGUGGUGCUGCGGCCGGAAGUGGUGCUGCGGCCAUGCUGCGGCAGGGCAGCAGUGAUGACAUUGAGGAUGUCUCUCUCUUUGAUGCAGAUGAUGAAGUAUCCAGGCGAUCAAAAAAGUCAAAAAUAAGGCAUCCAGUGGCAUCAUUUUUCCACCUGUUCUUCCGAGUCAGUGCGAUAGUUGUGUAUCUGCUCUGUGAGCUCUUAACUAGCAGCUUUAUUGCCUGCAUGGUGACAAUUAUCCUCCUCUUGUCAUGUGACUUUUGGGCCGUAAAGAAUGUCACGGGGCGACUGAUGGUUGGCCUUCGCUGGUGGAACCAGGUGGAUGACGAUGGUAGAAGUCACUGGAAAUUUGAAUCUAGAAAGGUGUCAGCACAAGGGCGUAAAACCUCCUCAGAAUCAGAGUCCCGGAUUUUCUGGUUAGGUCUAAUUACCUGCCCUAUCAUCUGGGUGAUAUUUGCUUUCAGCGCUCUGUUUUCUUUCAAAGUGAAAUGGCUGGCAGUAGUUAUGAUGGGAGUGGUCCUACAGGGUGCCAACCUUUAUGGUUACAUCAGGUGCAAAGUUGGCAGUAGAAAGAACUUGACAAGCAUGGCAACCAGCUAUCUUGGAAAGCAGUUCUUGCGGCAGACUGUGGCUAAAGAGGACCAAACAGCAUCCUGAGUGUGGUAGAUGCCUCAAGCCAAAUGGGAUUCACAGUAGUGAAGCACAGAGAAUGUUGCUCUGACCAUGAGAUUUGGGAGCUGCGUAAAUGAGGUGUGAAUUAAAAGAAGUAAAUAAAUUGUGCAAGACUUCCACUUAACACUCCUAACAGUUAAUAUUCCGUUCUCCACUAGCAGUUUGUCUUUUCUUAGUUUGAUUAAUUAGAAUUACAUUGCCUGAACUUUGAAUCAGAAAACAUCCUAGAUAGAGCUCUGGUGCAGGUUUAUGCUCACUGGAUGUAUUAAGAGAAAAAUGCCAGGUAUCCUUCUAAAAGCCAUGCACACGCAGGGCCUUCCGUUCUCCAGGAGCCAUCCCCACCUCUUCCAGCAGUUGUUGGUACCUCAGGUAGUUUUCAGUUGUGGACUUAGCUGCGUUUUGUUCUUGGAGGUCUGUUAUGAAGUUUAGAUAGCUCUCUUCUGGCUCUACAUCUCUCUCAUGCUGUGAUUUGAAUGGCACUGAGGUUGUUGCAGUGAAGGAGGUCUGAAGGAAGUGUUGCUGUUGGUUGUAGGAGGAUUUUUGAAGUCGAGUGGAAACUGCAGCAAGCGACCUCUGAGCAGCUCCAGCCUUAUUUUUCUGAAGUGUUGUUGGAGGUCUCAGUAACAUCUAACCAGGACCUUGAUUAAAUCUGAGUUUCUGGAAAGCCCCUCUUUUGCCUGCAGGCCUGUGUCGGUACGAAGAGCACAACUGGACUAAACUAGGUUGCAAGGAAAGCUGCACACACGGUUUCAGAGGUGGAGUGAACGUGAGAGCAGGUGAUGGGCAGAGCUGUUAAAAUGGUGCCACCUGGUUGAGCUGGUGCACAGGGAAGCAGGGAACGUCGCAGGCAGGGGUACCAGGACAAGGCGUUACACAGGCAGAACUAGCAGAACUUCCUUCCACUUUUUUAUUCACCUGUGCAGCAGAUUUGGGGGGUAACCAUUUAAACAAGAGCUGAGGCUGAGUGCAGGCUGCUUUCUGCUGUUCCAUGCCCAGAGGGCGUUGCACAUAACCUUAACGGAGCCACCCAAAGGCCUGGCAUCAGCGUGCUGACUUUGCAGGACGUUUGUGUGUCUUGAAUCCAUGCAGCAUGCUGUGCUCCCCAAGGAGUCUGUGGGCUGGGGGAAAAAAAAACAUUUGUGUGUUCAUGAAAUGCUGGCUUGCAGUGCUCGCCUCGGUGGCAGAAAUUGUGUGUUGUGUGUGCAAAGCUGUCUGAAAAGGGUCAGCUCCUUCUUGUCACAUAGUACUGCUCAAGGCAGGUUGUGCUUUCACUGUGGGAGAUACUGUACACUUCUGAUGAGGUAUUUUAAAUUAAGGAUGUGGUUUCUUUUUGAAUAAUGGGUAUUGUAAAUUGUGGGGUUGCAUUAAUGUCUAUAUGUCUCCCUGGACCGCAGCAAUACUUGGGAGCUGUACGUUUGUUUAACUCUUUGGAUUGAUACCUUUCUUUUGUAAAUAUAUAUUUAUAAAAUCUUGAAAUUAAAAUAAUGCUUUGUUUAAACCA